AGGCGGUCGUCAUAACCGGUGUGACUGGAUUUGUAGCCCUAGAAAAAGAAGUCGGAUAUUACACUCUACCAGGGCCGCAGUUAUUAUUCUGUGGACAUUUUUGCUGAGGCAACAGUACAAAGAUUAGCCAUCUAUUUAACCAGAGACAUAUCUCUAAAUAUCUAGUGGAAAUCAAUCUGUGGCGCUGGUAGAGGGUAGCCGGAUAUGAUGAGUACAGGUUAGGGUUAGUCAAAGUAUUGGGGUUAGCUCAUGGGAUGAAUAUCACCUGUACAAAGUAAUGUGGAACGGACUACGGAUCCUGUCACACCGAGAGUCCCUUGUGAUACAGGGUCCAGUUCCCAUGGAUAUAAACAGAGUGAAGAGUGACUCUAACGUGUGAUGACCAACUACAGUCUAAUGGAUCACAACGCAACGGAGUACCCCAUCGUAGGAACAGGAUUGGGGUUUUCCCCGGGCAUUUUAUUCCACUUAUUCCACUUGGAUGGCGACAGAAUUGAGUUCCGUGUCACAUACACCGUGGCUUUUGUUUUGGAAGUCAUCGGAGUUGUCAUGAACAUCGUGUCUCUCAGCGCCCUGUAUAACAUUUCGAGGCCCGUCCGCCCUUUGCAAGUUCUGAUCAUCCACUUGGCCGCGGCAGACUUGCUUUUCUUGGUAUCGGGGAUGGUAAGCACGUGCCUCGUGCUCGCUGAAAUUUACACCCCCGGCAUGCUGGGACAACAGAGCCCGGUUUGGUGUGUUGGUGAGAUAUUGAUUGAUGUCCACAUAAACUGCUUCCCAGUUCCCUUUAUUAUUACUACGUAUAUCGUUCUUAAUCAACUACUGGCACUGACUUUCCCGCUGAGGUACAAAGCUUUCGUCAGCAAACGGCGGAUUAAUGUGAUUCUUGGGAUUUCCUAUGUCGUUGUUGUUGUGCUGUUUCUCACUUUCCACAUGGUAUCUCUAACUCAAGGUGAUUCGUGCCUUUCACAUUUUUCAAAAACGUACAUCAAUGCUACGUCCUGGUACCUUGGAAUACUGUGCUCAGUUUUGAUUUUGGUUAACUUACUGCUGUAUGUUGGAUUAUUCAUAAAAGCCAAAGACAUCAUCCGAAGCCACAAAGGCUCAUUUCAGUUACAAGAAGCACAGAAAGCAACAGCUAACUGCGCGACGAUCGACUCAAGAAAAGACAGAAAACUUCUUAUCACGAUCUUUCUGCUCUCAGUAACCAUCGUUGUCCUUUGGACUCCCGCAAUUGUGACUUUUUAUCUUAAAACUUUAAUUGCCAGCCGAGACUUUGAAGAGCGCAUUGAUCUAGCCGUGGUUCAAGCAAUUACCGGCGUCGUCGCUAUUCUAAAUUCGUUAGUAGAUCCUCUAGUGUACGGCAUUCGGCUCCCCGAGGUCCGUGCCGGAUACAGUAGACUUAUGGGAAAUUUUAGAAAUUGUUGCAGAGGACCAGCAAGUCAAGGUGGAAUAUCCAGAGAAGCAACCAAAAGUACUUCUUGCUAAUCAACUUGUGUUGGGAUAACGAGUGUCGUUAUACCUUGAUUACGAAAUAUCAUCAUAACUUUAUUUUAUUUUUUUCAUUGUGUCCGACUUUUUAACUCAAAGACGUUAUUGUAAAUAAAACCUACAUGUUUUUUCUCAAUCAACGGAUUCAAUACCUUUAAAUGUAAUUUUCGAAGACCAACUGUAAUUGCUUCUAGUGCAGUAUUGUAUCUUAUAACAUGUUGUCUAACUUUGAGAAAAUAAUACGUAUUAUUAGUCCAGGGUCUCACGUUUUUCUUCAAAUGAGCGUUAAUGUAUACAACAUUGUUGAUAAUAAUCUGUAGUGACCGCCUAAGAGACUUGUGGUGUUAGAUUUCAAAAGGUGAUUCAUACUUAAAACUGAGGAAAAAAUAAACAUUUAUUUAGCUCAAAAAUAAACAUUUAGCUCAAAAAUAAACAUUUAUUUAGUGUUUAAGUUCUCCUGAAACGGUGUUUU